AAGUGUCUAUCUGGACCUACAUAGUUCUUGUAUAUCAAAGGUAAUCAUGCUGUGAUAAUGUUUUUCCUUGUGGGUCACCAGAUAAGAUGUAGAACUUUCCACCAUAAGUCAGAGAGUGAAGGUAGUUGUUGGGACGACAGUACACAUAACCAGUGGUGCACCCUGGGAGCUGUAAUCAUGAGAUUACCAGUAUCAUCUGAACUGUUUACAAAGACAGCUAUGACAAACAGACUUACCGACAUCUUGAAAUCAAUUUGACACAUUUGCAUUGGACAGAAGGAGGUGAAAUCAACUCAUUUGGAAAAGGCCUCAGUGAUGACAAUUUUAGAAUCAGCUGGAUUUGGUGAAGUUAUAACUUUGACAUAGGCAGAGCGGUAUAAUUUUUUAAACAUUUGGAUUUGGGAGAGUGAUACCUUUCUUUCUGGAUGAGUGAUAUCAAUUCCUAAACAUCUGUAUUUGAGAGAGUGAUACCAUUCUUUCCAGCUGAAUGAUAUCAUUUCAACACAUCCGUCAAGCCCACCAGCUUCAGUACUCAUCAGGGACUAACCUUUAAUACCACAAAUGUCAAUGUUCAGGUGGUAAUCAUUCUGACGUAAGCCUUAGCGAUAAAAACCUCUCCGACUUAUCAAUCUUCACAUGAUCUAGCAGGUGUUGAUAGCAGGUGAACUUCCUGCAUAUAGUUUCUCUCUCAGCUCAGUCGUGUAACCAUCACUCCAGCGGGAGGUCACUUGCAACAUUCACAACUUGAAGUUGUGGACUAACUGUUUCCAGUUCUCUGACAUACAGAAAGUGACAUAUUUGGCCGUUUACUGUUUUUAAAAGAUGCAACAACAAAGCUAUAAAUGUCUUGACUUUGACAACCAGAGGGAGAGCAUGGCGAACCCAGGUCCAGGUCCCGUGUAUGACUACCAGCCAUCAAAAUCUCGGGCACUAUUUUCAGAAAUUCCAAAUAUAUUAUCGAUCGUCCGCAAGUGUAUCCACCUGAGCAGAUUCCAUCAGAAGUGCAUUAUAAUUACCAUGAGGACAGUAAUGUUGACCUUAGACAAGAACCUGAAGUAAAUUUAAGAAGAUCAACACACCCCUGGGACCGACGGUCAGAACCUGGUACGAGACUAUCCAACCUCACCAGCGUCUCACAAAGAGAUAGUUUUAUGGACACCUAUUCUGUAACACCUGAACUGUAUUUUGCUCCCCUAGUGGACGAAAGUUUGGCUGGCAACGCUUCAAUAAUCAAAGGAAACUGGGAGCAUUCCAGUGUGGACAACCUCCCUGCAUCAACCCCUGUCAAUGUCCUUCGAAUUAUUGCAAUAGUGUUCAUAUUAUGGGAUGUUGUAUCUGACUGGUGGAUGGUUGUUGUGUUCGAUGACUAUUCAUGUGGGCCAAAUCCCAUGUUCAACUACAAGUUCUCUAAGUUGGACAUCUGCGGCGUCCAUCGUGAAAAAAUCCGGCAAGUUUUAGCUGUCUUCACAAUUUUUGGCAGCAUCUUCAGUGUAAUCCAGAUAAUCAACAUCGUCCUGAGCAUUCUGAAGGAUCGAGGCGUGUUGAAGCUGCAGCUGUUCCACCCGCUGACUGAAGUCUACGUUGCUGUGUUCUUCGAGGAGAUCCCACAAGCUGUCGCUCUCCUCGUCUUCAACUACAACUGCCACUGCAGCCGAGAAGUAGCCAUCUUCUCCCUCACCAUGAUGGUCAGCGGUCUUGCCAGCACCGUCCUGCGCUACACCACCUGCUUCCCCAGCGUCAGCAGUGAGCAUGGUUGCUGCAACGGCUGGUGGAGAUGUUGCUGUUGCAGGAGUCAGGAGUAUCUGUGUAAGCUGACCGGGCAAGACUGUUUUUGUCGCUGCAGUAUCCCGUGUCCACUGUGCUGCUGCACGCUGCAAUGUGACGACUGCAACUGGACGCCGCACACGUGGAUGGAGUCGCUGUACGAGGCGCUCGCCUGCUUCUGCAGCUGCUGUCAGAGAAAGGAGGCAUCGUACGGCAUCCGAAACAUGGACAAUCUUGGUAUCUUGUGCCUACUGUUUUGUCUUGUUGCUAAAAUUGUACUGAUGACAGUAACAUAAUGUUGUACUGUACACAAUCACAUAGACUUGUACUGUUGACAGUUACAUAGAAUUGUACUGUUGACAGUAACAUAGUUGUACUGUUGACAGUAACAUAGUUGUACUAUUGACAGAAACAUAGAAUUGUACUGUUGACAGUAACAUAGAAUUGUACUGUUGACAGUAACAUAGUUGUACUGUUGACAGAAACAUAGAAUUGUACUGUUGAUAACAACAUAGAAUUGUACUAUUGACAGAAACAUAGAAUUGUACAGUUGACAGUAACAUAGUUGUACUGUUGACAG